AUGACGGCUCCCACCCAACAGGAAACGUUGAACCCGACUACGGCAGCUGUGAACUAUACACUAUGCGCCGAUGUACCCGGAGCCCUUUUUGCUCUCGAGGACCUUUCUCAACGUCCACUUGUCAUGCUGGAUUGCGAGGGCAAAACGAUCGGAAGAGUGAACGGCGUUUUGUCACUACUCUGUCUAGGCACGCCGGAUACUUCUGAAACUCAGAAGAUAUAUGUAUUUGAUGUGCCUGCUCUCAAAUACACGGCCGCACAGAGCGCUAUAGCAGCAUUCCUUGCCCGCAAGGACAUAGUGAAGGUCGUAUGGGACGGACGCAUGGACUUCCUAGAGAUGCGGGAAGUCUUCGGAGUAGAUACAGCAGCAAUCCUCGACCUUCAGAUCGCAGAAGUGCUCGGGCGCGAACGAGUUCUGGACGAAACAGACGAGGGGCGGUUGGCAAGGCUCGCCGGCGUAUUCGGAGACGUCGUUCACCGCGAAGAGUACUCCGAGCUAUUCAGCGACAUGCAUGUUAUCAUGGGCAUGAAACAGGCCAUGCAGACCUACGCACCAGACAUGCCAAUGCAGAAAGAUGUCGCCGUUGAAGAGAUACAUCGGAGCAAUCAGAGCGCGCUGUGGCUCGUCCGACCGGUGCCAUCGGCGCUAUUGCUAUACGCAGUAGUAGACAUCCGACUCAUCGCGUCUCUACUCUCCCGAAUGACCUCUUUGCGAUUCCUAUCGGAUGAUGUUAGGUCCGAAAACAUCCUGUUCGCUGCUUCUGCUCGUUAUGUCGCUCGAACUGGUCUCACUGAACGGAUGCCGUGGGUACGGAGGACAGACCCUCACCAGCAACAUAACUUGCUGCUUUGCGACGCACUGUUUACAACGCCUACGACGCGCAGUGAACCAUGUGCGCAAUGCAAGUGGAACUUGCCUUUAACAUGUUACGAGCGACAUGGCCCUAUGCGGAAGGAGCAUUGCAAGAUAUGCGUCGCUGGAGAUCUGAAGACCUUCGCGGAUCGCACCAAGCUCAAUUCAGCCUGGAUACGAGUAGCCGAGGACGACGCGAGAUUCAAAAACCUGGCGUGA